UGGGGAGCAGCAGCGGCGGCGGCAUGGUGGUGGCGGCGGGGCCAAGGGGAGAGCCCUGGCCCGGGAACGGACAUCUCCCAACGGCUCCAACUGCCACCGAGCAGCCGCUGCGCCGCCCGGAAUCCCCCGCUGCGCCCCCCGGUGCGGGCCUGUCCCCGCCCCCCGCGUUUCAUGCGGCGCCCAAAUUCCUCCCUUCCCCGAUCUGGGGCUCAGGGCCGGGCUGGGCCGGGCUCUCCCGCAGCCGGCUGGCGGCGAUGCGCCCCGGCCCCAGGGGCCGCUGCCCGCUCAGCAGAGCCCGAGCCGCCCAUGCCCGGCCCCGCCUGGCCCGGGGAGGUGUCUCCCUGCGGGGGGCGGGCCCGGCCCAGUCCCGCAGCCCGAGGGCAGAGAAGGGGCCGGGAACAUGGUGCCGCUGAGAGACUGCAAGGCUUGGCAGGAUACUGGACUUGUCCUAUCCACCACUAGUAAUGAGGCCUGCAAAAUGUUUGAUGCUACACUGACUCAGUAUGUCACAUGGACCAAUGAUAAGAGUCUAGGAGGCAUUGAAGGAUCUCUCUCCAAGUUACUAGCAGCAGAUCCAACUUUUACAAUGGGACACGUGAUUGCUAAUGGCUUGGUUCUGAUUGGCACUGGAACUUCAGUGAGGUUAGACAAAAAGCUGGACAGUGCGAUGAAAAAGAUGGUGGCACUUUCAGAAUCGCAGCCCCUGACUGAGAGGGAGAAGCUACAUGUUUCUGCACUCGACAUGUUUGCCAGUGGGCGUUUUCCCAAAGCUUGUGAUGUGUGGGAUCAAAUUCUACGGGACCAUCCAACUGACAUACUAGCACUCAAAUUUGCCCAGGCCACUUACUUUUACAUGGGAUGUCAAACACAGAUGCGAGACUCUGUUGCCCGUGUUUAUCCUUACUGGACACCUGAUAUUCCUCUUAGUAGCUAUGUGAAAGGCAUAUACUCCUUUGGACUGAUGGAAACUAAUUAUUUUGAUCGUGCUGAAAAGCUUGCCAAUGAGGCCUUAGCUAUAAACCAGUCAGAUGCAUGGUCUGUCCAUACCAUAGCACACAUAAAUGAAAUGAAAGCAGACCUGAAGAAUGGGUUGACAUUUAUGAAGCAAACUGAAAACAACUGGAAGGACUGUGACAUGCUUGCUUGCCAUAAUUACUGGCACUGGGCUUUGUAUUUCAUUGGAAAGGGUGACUAUGAGGCUGCUUUGACAAUUUAUGACAAUCAUAUUGCUCCUGCAUGCCUGUCAAGCAGAAGUAUGUUAGCUGUGCUAGAUAACUGCUCCAUGCUGUACCGGCUUCAGUUGGAAGGUGUAAAGGUGGGAGACAGAUGGAACAAUGUUAUCCCUCUUGCAAAGAAGCACACCAAAGAUCAUGUUUGGCUUUUCAAUGAUGUCCACAUUCUCAUGUCUUUGCUCGGGGUCAAAGACCACAAAACCACCAAUGAGCUCUUAACAACUCUUCAGGAACUUGCCAAAGCACCUGGUGAAGACCAUGAGCUGGGUCUGGCUCCAAAAUUGGGGUUGCCACUUUGCCAGGCUUUGGUAGAGUUUGACAAUGGAAAUUAUGACAAGACAGUAGAAUUACUUUAUCCAAUUCGCUAUGAACUCCUGCAGAUAGGAGGCAGCAAUGCUCAGAGAGAUGUUUUCAGCCAGCUAUUGAUUCAUGCUGCUUUAAAUUGUAAAUCAAAAGCCUAUCAAAAACUGGCUAGAUGCCUCCUGUCAGAACGUGAUGGGUUGAUACCAAAUUCACCAUUGACUGAGCGACUUAUUCGGAAAGUAUCAGCUGUUCAUGCGAUGGGAUGAAUCUUAAAUCUGUUAUUCCAGUGGAAAUAAUAAUUAGCACUGUAAUGAGUCUCUUUCUAUGGCAUUAAAGGAAUCAAAAUAGGGAAAAUCCUGCAUCAUCAGCCAUUCCAGAUCUUCUAAAUAUCUGAGCUUUGGGAAGCUUCUUUUGGUGAUUCAGCAUCAUUGCUUGAGCUUCUGACACACCUCUGAUUCUUGGAAGAUUGUAGCCUAGCUGUGCCUAGCAGGGUGACAGUAGCAAAUGAAAUAGUGUAGGGAUAUUAAAGAAGGUACUAACAGCGAUUCCCCCAAGUGACAGUGACCCCCCAGUUUCACCAAGUACAAAAAUCUUUUAGUUCUUCUGUUAAAACUUGUAAGCUCCUGUCUGGAGAAACCACUGAUUGUAUCUGUCUUGUGAAAGAUACUCUAUUACUAUGUAAAACUUACAAAUAAGUUAAUUGACUUUGUUCUUGAAGUAAACACUAUGUUACCUGUAAUUGGUACAAUGUAAACAAACGCUAUAAGCCAUUAAGUGACUUUCACUUCAUUGUAACAGCCACGGCUCCUAGGCACACACCCCAAAAGUGGUGGAGACAGAAAAAUUAAAAUAUGGUUAAGAUAUGGAAUGUAUGUUGAUGAAUGCUUGAUGUACAUGAAUGGUUAGGGAGGUGCCAGCCUAGAAAGGGAGUAUCCAUCGGCCAAAGAAUGUGUCAAGUGGACCACCAGACAACCCCCAGAGGGUAAACUGGGAUCCACCCCAACACCUGGAAGGAUGAGAAACACAAACUUUGGACAGUGUGGAGCCACCAAGAAUGUGCCACUUUAG